ACGGACGAGCGACAGAAUGUGGCCCGGAGUUUUGGUGGAGGGGGUCCUGGUGGCGGCAGGCAAGAGGCCCACACUGGGGCCUCGCCUCGCCGCCCGCUUCUUACUGCGGCGGCUGCCUCAGCGGAUCCUCGAGCCCGGUCUGGCCCCGCAGCGAAGCCUACAUUCGACAGUAGCGCGGGCUCUCCCGCUCAUUCCCAUCGUGGUUGAGCAGACGGGUCGCGGAGAGCGCGCCUAUGACAUCUACUCUCGGCUGCUGCGGGAACGUAUUGUGUGCGUCAUGGGGCCGAUUGACGACAGUCUGGCCAGCCUGGUGAUCGCCCAGCUGCUGUUUCUGCAGUCCGAGAGCAACAAAAAGCCCAUCCACAUGUACAUCAAUAGCCCUGGCGGCGUGGUAACCUCGGGCCUGGCCAUCUAUGACACGAUGCAGUACAUCCUGAAUCCCAUCUGCACGUGGUGUGUGGGCCAGGCCGCCAGCAUGGGAUCCCUGCUCCUGGCUGCCGGCUCACCGGGCAUGCGCCACUCGCUCCCCAACUCCCGCAUCAUGAUCCACCAGCCGUCUGGGGGUGCCCGGGGCCAAGCCACAGACAUUGCCAUCCAAGCGGAAGAGAUCCUGAAACUGAAGAAGCAGCUGUACAGUAUCUACGCCAAACACACCAAACAGAGCCUGCAGGUGAUUGAGUCGGCCAUGGAGAGGGACCGCUACAUGAGCCCCAUGGAGGCCCAGGAGUUUGGCAUCUUGGACAAGGUCCUGGUCCACCCGCCCCAGGACGGAGAGGAUGAGCCAGCGCUGGUACAGAAGGAGCCUGUGGUGGCGGCAGCGACAGCGACAGUGACAGCGGUGGUAGACCCUACCCCAGCAAGCUCCUGA